CCCUAUAAUACUAGUAUCACAUUUCUCCUCUUCCUUUGCUCCUUCCAUGUCCAAACCUAUGUUACUGGGACCUGGUGAAUCUUAUCUAGGUCAGUGGUGAAGUGAGUGGUGACUACCCCUUUUGUCUUUUCAUAUAUAUAAGCUUGUGUUGUGUGUGGGAAGUGAAAGAGAAUUCGUAAUUAGCUGUUAAAGAUGAGUGUUUUGUGUAAGAAGAGUGAAGAAUUUCGGAAGAAGAGAGAUGGGUUGGUUAAGAAAGAGUCGUUAACUGAUUCCACUGCUGAGUCAAGAGAAAGCAGUUUCAGUGGAUCAAAUUCAAGUUCCUCAUGUUCAUCAAAUGAAGAAGCAAAAGCAGCAAAAGGGUCUUCUUCUCCAUCUCCACCUGCUCCUCCUCUUGGAUGGCCUAUUCUGAAAGCGAGUGUGGGAAAUCUGAUGAAAAAGAUAAUGAUCAAGAACAUCAUUUGGAUGACACAAAAUUUAGUAGUAUUGGUUCAAAAGUGUCAGAUGCUGAAAUGAGUUGCUUGGUGAAGACAUGUCAGGUUCUGGGAAAGGGGUUUGUUCUGACUAAGCAACGAGACAUCUACGUGGCUAUUGUACUGGCUGCAGCAGGAUGGGGGAUUUUCAACUCGAAUUUUUGCUCCCAUGGUGAAUUUUAUGCAACUGCUCAUGACACUGUAACUAUCAUUAUGCAGAUCCACCCGGAAGCUGUAAGAAUGCGGACUGCUACUAGCAUUGCUAGCUGUGAUGCAAAUGAACAUGGAUGCUUCAUAGAUGUUAAAGCUGAGCUGCUUUGGCGUGAUCUCAUGGAUCGCCUUGAAUAG